AUGGAUAUGGAUGUCGAACACCAGGCUUUACAAGAUUUCGUCAUUUGUCUCGGUGAAUUAAAACGAUCAAAGAGCGCUAUUGUUACUGAUAUUGACAAUGAAAUCUGGAUUGAACAAAUAACGCGUUAUUUACAUCAUGUAUUAGAUGCGCAAAACCGUGAUGAAAUCUAUGGAUUUUUAACAAAUCUUGAUUCUAUAAGAUUUUAUCGUGUUGAAAAUGAGCGUUACAUUUGUACUGUUUUUCAUCCUCGUCUUAAACGCUUUGAUGCAGAACCACAUGAGAAAGAUUUAGCGUUUGAUUUAGUUAAACAAAAAUUAUUAGCACGUACAUCAAUAUCACGUAUUACAACGGAUACUACUUCAAAAGCGGUGACUACGAAUGUAUCAAUUAUAAAUGAUUCAACAGUACUAGUUAAUCCGAAUAACCUAUUAGCUUGUUGUUUUGAUAAACCACGAGCAAUAGUCAGUUCAGUUACGGCAACAGUGAAGGAAUUAGAUGACUGCAUGGAAUUGAUUGUACCGGGUGAAGAAAGUGACGAUAUUCUUUUAUUUUGA